UCUCAAAACUGAGCUGUGCUGCCACACUGUGGUGAGAAAAAGUGAUCCUAUAGCUCUUAUUAGUGAUCUGGAGUCUUGUGGACACUCCUCUUAAAAGACCAAACCACAUUUAGCUACUUACUACAUUUAUAUGCCUUUCCUGCGUGGAGCUCAAGGCAGUUUACAUGGUUAUCUUCUUCCCCAUCGGCAUCCAUCACAACAACCCUGUGAGGUAGGUUGGGCCGAGAGACUGUGACUGGCCCAAGGUCCACCAGUUAGUUUCAUGGUGGAGCAGGGAUUUGAACCCUGGUCUCCGGGGUCCACGUCCUCAUUUCAUGGUGCAUAUUUGGGCGCGCACACCUCUGCAGGGUGCAGAGAGCUGGGUGGGUCGGUGUGCCAUACUACGCCAUAGCUGUCAACCUUCCCUUUUUUUGCGGGAAACUCCCUUAUACCAGCGCCGUUUCCAGUGGCUAUCCCGGAUUGUUAGAUAUCCCGUACUCUGUCCCCGGGACAGGCGAGGCUGCCGAUCCCUGAUUUUCGAGGCUGCUGAUCCCUUAUUUUCAAAUCUGAAAGUUGACAGCUAUGUCAGCUUGGCGAGUGAGGAACCUGGGUCCCCAUUUUCACAUAGCUAUGAAGCAAUCGGGAUGAUCUUGGGCCAGUAGCACCAGUAUCUCGGCAUAACCUACCCCGCAGGGUUGUUGUGUGGCGGGGAACCUGAUCCCCUGGCCAAAAAACGGGGGUGGCGGCGAGGAAGCGGCCGUGCGCGUCGACUGCGAAGGGGGGAAAGGAGGCAGGGACUGAGGCGUCUCCCUCCGGCGAAGGAGGAGGAGCAGGAGCUGCAAGGGCGAGGGAGCCGGCGAUGCGAGCCUGCCGGCUUCCUUGAAUCCCGAGCCGGGCGAGCGAUGGCCCUGCUGGGCCGCCUGGUGCGGCGAUCGCCCUGGCUGUGCAACGUGGCGCUCUACGGGAGCCUCUUCGCGGCGGGCGACGCGGCGCAGCAGCGGCUCCGGCGCCGGCCGGGCCAAAGCGCGGACUGGGCGCAGACGCGGCACGUGGCGCUGGUGGCGCUCUCCUUCCACGGCAACUUCAACUACGUGUGGCUGAGGGCGCUGGAGAGGCUGCUGCCCGGCCGGGCGCCCGGCGCCGUGCUGGCCAAAGUGCUGUGCGACCAGCUCAUGGGCGCGCCCAUCGCCGUGCUCGCCUUCUACACCGGCAUGAGUAUACUCCAGGGGAAAGAGGAUGUCUUUGCCGACUGCAGGGAUAAAUUUUGGAAUACCUAUAAGACUGGGCUGAUGUACUGGCCUUUUGUGCAGCUUUCCAACUUCAGCCUGGUUCCGGUGCAUUGGAGGACAGCGUACACUGGCCUGUGUGGUUUCAUCUGGGCAACUUUUCUGUGCUUUUCCCAACAAAGCGGUGACGGAACUGUAAAAUCAGUUUUCUUGUUGUUCCGAGGCAAGAAACCUGAUACGGACGAGAUGCCGCCAGGGAAAUAAAUAUAUUGCCGGUUCAAAGCAUCCUUCACCUGUCAGGGAGGCAGCGAGCUGCGUUGGCAGAUGCCAGCUGCAUUUUUUUAGGGGGUGGUGAG